GGAAGAACCUCGGCAAGCGAAGCUCCCAACCGCCCCCCCCCCCCCCCCCCAUCGGAAAGUGAAGACCCCAAACCCCAACCCCGCCGAGGGGACGCGACUUUUCACCCCCCCCCCCCCCCGCCGGGCGCCGCCGGGCCCGGCUGCUCCCGCCGCGCCCCCCCCCCAAUCCCCGCUGGGGCCGCGCCGCGCUGAGGCGGGCGGUGUGUGUGGGGGGGGGGCGGAAUGGAUGAGCGGCUGCUCCGGGCCCUGGGGGGGCUCAGCCUGCACCCCCCGCGGGCCCGGUUCGGCGGGAGGUUGGUGCUGCUGCGGGGGCUGCCGGGCUCCGGGAAGAGCACCCUGGCCAGACAACUGAAACGUGCCUAUCCCGGUGCUGUAGUUCUUAGUACCGAUGACUUCUUUAUUGAAAAUGGUGUGUACAUGUUUGAGCCUGACUUCCUAGAGGAUGCACACAGGUGGAACCAAAAGCGAGCACUCAAGGCAAUGAAGAAUGGGAAAAGCCCGGUUAUUAUUGACAAUACCAACAUCCAUGCUUGGGAAAUGAAGCCAUAUGUGAUGAUGGCACGUGAAAAUAGAUACGAAGUUAUAUUCCAAGAACCAGAUACACCCUGGAAGUUCAAUGUUCAAGAACUGACAAGAAGAAAUAUUCACCGUGUCCCUCGACAAAAGAUCCAACGGAUGAAAGAAGAAUACGAACACAAUGUUACCUUCCACAGCGUUCUUCAGUCUGAAAAACCAGGCAGAGAGGAGAGAAGCUCCAGUGGACCAAACGCAUCUUACAGGAUGGGUGCCCACUGCAACCCCCCUCCAGCCUUCUCACGCAGAGUUCCCGUGGCACCUACAAACAACAUACCAUUUCGCUGACGGGGGGGAGCCCUCAGUGUUUUAAUUAUCAGGGUAUAAAAAGCCUCUAGUUUUAAAAAUUUUUUCUAGACUGUUUUUUAUUCUUGUAUUUUUUCUACUGCAUUGCUAAAUGACUUUCUUACAAAUGUUUAAACGUCACUGGAUUAUGAUCUCUCAGCUCUACAUGACCAGUCCAGGAGCACUAUCCCCAGUACAAACUGUACGCCCUCUCAUCUCUCUUCCUCCAUUAAAAUCCAUUCAAGUUUACAAUGAAA